AUGGGCCGUGAUGGUGUCGACAAUGGGUGGAUCACAUUCUCCAAUGUCCGUAUUCCCAGAACUUUCAUGAUGAUGAGGUUUGCCAGAGUCGAUAAGAAUGGAAACGUAACACAACCUCCUUUAGCCCAGCUCGCUUAUGGCGCUUUAAUUGGUGGAAGAGUAUCCAUGGCAGCUGAUUCGUUUCAAGUUGCAAAGAAAUUUAUUACUAUUGCAGUCAGAUAUGGAGCAGCUCGUCGUCAGUUUUCAUCAGAAGACGGACAGCCAGAAACUAAAUUAUUGGACUAUACCUAUCAUCAGCGACGUCUUCUUCCCUUACUGGCUUACACAUACGCUAUGCGUACAGCUGCUGAUGGACUAUACGAUAUGUAUUAUAACGCCACGGAGAAAUUGGCUAAUACCAAUGUUUCUGAUAAACAAGGUUUACAAUCGGCCAUUGAAGACAUUAAGGAGCUGUUUUCAUUAUCGGCUGGACUCAAGGCAUUUUCUACAUGGGGUUGUGGUCAUAUUAUUGAUGAAGCACGUCAGAGUUGUGGUGGCCAUGGCUAUAGUAGUUAUAAUGCGUUUGGUCCUGGCUAUGCUGAUUGGAUAGUCAACACUAUUUGGGAAGGAGAUAAUAACGUCUUGACAUUAUCUGCAGGACGAGCGCUGGUUCAAAGUGGCGUUGCCCUCCGUAAGGGAAAGAGAUUGGGCGGUCCCGUUGAGUACCUGAGUCGUAGUGAGGAAUUGAAAAACGCCGGCUUAGGAUCUAAUCACGAUAGUGCGCUUCGUGACCCUGCUACUAUAAUAAAAUCCUGGGAAUCUAUUUGCUCCCAAGCCAUCAACAGUACAGUGGACAAAUUUUUGGAACUAACUCAGAAGGAAAACCUGAGUUUGACACAGGCAUUUGAACAGCUGUCUCUUCAGCGGUUCCAAAUUGCUCGAAUUCAUACAAGAUUAUAUGUUAUUCGAUCUUUUUUUGAGCGUGUUGAAAAAACGCAAGACGGUCCCUUGAAGAAAGCUGUUUUGGAUGUUGCUCUAUUAUUUGCUUUGUGGUCGAUUGAAAAUGAAAGCGGUAUUUUCCUCAAAUAUAACUUUUUCACUCCGGAUGAUCUCGAUACCAUUACUGAGCUUGUCAAUGAGUACUGUAGGAAGGUUCGUGUGAAUGCAAUUGGUCUUACUGAUGCUUUUAAUUUGAGCGACUAUUAUAUCAACUCUGCAAUUGGAAAUUAUAAUGGCGACUUUUACAAAAGCUACUUUGAAAAGGUUACCAGAAGAAACCCUCCCGAGGAAAUUAGACCGCCCUAUUAUGACUCCCUUAUGAGACCGUUCUUUGACCGAACUAAUGAUGAAGCUUAA